UCAUGGCCGUCCGUUACUUGGCGAAUAAAUGGACGGUCAGAUAUCUCCUGGUUGUGCUAAUGGUGAUCAUGGCAGUAGAAGCAAUGUCUGGAAAAGUUAACCUUUCUGGUGAACGAGAUCAAGAGAUUGAACUCAGGCUCAAGCAACUCAACAAAGCAGCUCUUAAAUCCAUUGAGAGUUCAGGUGGAGAAAUAAUAGAUUGCAUACCUAUUGCAAAUCAACCAGCUUUUGAUCACCCCAUGCUCCAAAACCAUACGAUUCAGAUGACACCUAGUUCCUAUCCACAAGAAAUUAUCACUGAAGAAGACAUUGCUUCAGCACCAAGCAACGAUGAAGAACUCAGCCUUGGCAAUUGGCAGGAGAUUGCCCUGAAAAUACUAUUCCCAUCAGAAGAACAACAAAAGAAGAUCUUUGAAGAGAAGAUUAUAUUAAGACUUACGGGAAAAAAACUACCUCAUCAAUUCUAUCAUCCGACGGCUACCGGAGGAUACGAAGACCACGAGUAUGCGAUCACAUAUGUUGAUAAUGGCGUUUUCCGAGGAGCUAAAGCACAGAUAAAUGUAUGGAAACCGCGGAUCCAAGAAGCCAGAGAAUUCAGUGUAUCACAAAUAUGGGUCGUAGGAGGCAGAUUUGGUCCUGGUUUGAAUACUUUAGAAGCUGGUUCGCAUAGCGAUUGCUACCAAAAAACAGGGUGCUACAAUCUCCUCUGCUCAGGCUUUGUUCAAAUCAACAAAAGAAUUUCCCUUGGUGCUACGUUAAAACCCAUAUCCACCUAUAAUGGUCCACAAUAUCUAAUGAUCGUACAAAUAUGGAAGGUUGGUUUCGUUAAG